AUGGACCUCAAAUCUCCUAUAAAAGUGGAGGGAGUCGUGUCCUACUUGCCUCGCAGUGUCGGUGGCCCGUCCGUUUCUGAUGGCCCACCCGUUUCUAAUGGCCAUUUUGACGACGUCCGCUUCCUUCCUCCCUUAAGCGGUGAAAGUCUCAAUCGUCGUCACAGCCAACGUGGCCGUCGUUACAUACAACGUGACCAUCGUCAAAGACAACGUAAUCUUCGUCACAGACAACGUGUUCGUCGUCACCGACAACGUGAUCGUCGUCCCAGAAGCAUCGGCCUUCGUCACUGGAGCAUCGGAACUAGUCACUGGAGCAUCGACCGUCGUCCCAGAAAUAUCGACUGUCGUUACAGAAACAUUGGCAGUCGUCAAAGAAGCAACUACAGCCGUGAUAGAAGCUCCAGCCCUCAUCACUGGAGCAUCGACCCUCGUCACUGGAGCAUUGACACUCCUCACUGGAGCAUCGACCGUCAUCACAGAAGCAUCGACCGACGUGAACUCGACAGAUUUUAUGGAUGCCUAGAUAGACGUGAUAGAAGCUUCAACAGACGUGAUAGAAGCCUCGACCAUCUUUGCAUACGCUUUGACCACCAAUGCAGAACCAUUGAAAAUUGCCGCAGAAGCCUAGACUAUAAAUUCAGAAGCCAAGGCAGUUGUUGCAGAUACCCCGACAGUCAUCUCUGA